UUUUUAGUCAACAAAUACCUAACAUGAACCAGGCUCAACAACCUCCAAUGUUGGGAGUGCCUCCUCAAGAUGUUCGUCAGGGUAUUUCCCAGGGUAUUCCUCAGGGUGUUCCUCAGGGUAUUCCUCAGGGUGUUCCUCAGGGUAUUCCUCAGGGUGUUCCUCAGGGUGUUACUCCCCAACCUUUUCACGCUCCUCAGGCUGCUUCGGAACCAGUUGAACCCACACCAAGUGCUCCUCAAGCUGUUUCUAUGUCUGAGAUUAUUGCUUCUUCCCCAAAUGAUGAACUCCCAGUUCAUGCCCCUAGGAAGCAGACCAAACCGGUUAAUUUAUCUCAGUUCCCUGUGUUGGGAUCGAAAGAGGCUCCAUUGUCAGGGGGACGUCUUCAAAGUCAAAGACAAGCGUUUGAAUCCAGACAAAGCCACGAAAGACAACCUUUCGAAAGGCAAAGGCAUGAUUUUAGACAAGGCUAUGAAAGGCAUCCUUACGAAAAUAGAGAAGUUCACGAACAAAUUGCUUUGACUCCUGAACAACAAGCUAAGGCCGCUAAAAGACAGGAAAAAGUAUCAAGAAUCAUGAGAUAUUCUGGUAUCAUG